CCGACACUUAGCAGCUUCUAAGAAAGACUGGUGCGUUGCACAUAUUUCUCUUCACUCUGCAUUUGGCUCCGACACCAUCAAUUGACAAAGACUCAUAUAUUCUGAGGCUGAGGGUACGGUAAAGCGAGCAGACUUGUCACUUGCACAACAUGGACCCACUCACCGAAGACGAGAUUGACAGAUUGAAGUUAUUGGAGGAAGCCGAUCCAGGUUCAACUCGAUCAAACAAGCCAUUAAUUCAGAAGAUUACGCAGAAAUUGACCUCGUGCUACAGUAGCGAGGAAUGCAGAGGAUAUUUCAAACCAACUUCUGUUGCGAUCGGUCCCCUCAACCAUCCAAAAGAGACUGACAAAGAUCCGAGAAUGGAGAGAGGGGAACAGUCCAAGCUAAAAAUGGCGGCAAUGUUCAUCAAUUUUAGUGAGAACACGAAGGAAAAUUUCUACAAGAAUGUCAAGAAGGAGCUAUAUAGCUUGAAGAACUGCUAUGACUCCAAAGAAGUAGAGAAUUGGAAUGAUGAGGAGUUGGCCUGGAUGUUCCUAGUGGAUGGCUGUGCAUUGUUACAAUUCAUAGCCUUUGAUAUGAUGGAUUUGCGGCUGGAUUACACUUUUGACUUUGGUCUAGUCGACAUUGAGAAGGUUGAUCUUUUCUUACUUGAGAACCAACUGCCCUACCGGCUUCUUGAGAUAUUGAUAGACUCGUUCUGGGAAGUCUCAAGUGAAGAAUCAACCGAAAUUCCUAAGGAAAUCAAAUCUAAGUUAUCCAAGAAUUUGAUCACCGAAUUCGUCAAUAGGAGUUUCUUGAUACUGACUGCGCAGCAACAACUCCAAAUUCAGGUUGAUUAUUCUCAGCCUCAUCCUCCUCAUGAGCAACAACAAGAAGAAGAAGACCCUCCUCAACAUCUUCUAGAGUUGUUGAGAAGAAGACUGAUUGGAGUUAAAUCGAAAGAGAAGAGUGAUGAGGAACAAAAAAGAAUUAACAAAGACGGUUUUCGAAAGACACUGACUGGUGAUACAAGCAAACAGUGGCCCUCAAUUCGCAACGUAAAGGAGCUGAAAGACAUGGGUAUUCGUUUUAAAGCGAGGGAAAAGGGAGGCGCCAUCACAGACAUUGAUUUCAAGUACCAUUGUUGCAUGCCAACCCUUACGCUGGCUCCCAUUUUUUUGCACAAUACCACCGUGCCAUUGUUGCUGAAUUUGAUAGCGUAUGAGCUGUGUCCAGAUUUCAAAGAAACUUGCAAGAUCACCUCGCACUUGUCAUUCCUCGACUCCUUGAUUGAUAAUGAGGAGAAUGUGAAGGAACUGACAGAUGCAGGAGUGCUGCAGAACGGAUUAGGAAGCGAUGAAGCUGUAGCGAACCUGUUCAACAGGGUCAGCGGCAUCCUGCUGUCAAAUCUUAAGAUAGACUUAGAAUUGAGACGUAAUAUCCAUGAAUACUGCAACAAAAAAUCACACCCACGCUAUCUAUGUGCCAACGCCGUGGCUAAACUCACUGACACCUAUUUUAGCAGUCCUUGGAGCUUCUUGGUCUUCCUCGGCGUCUUAGCAGGUCUUAUUAUGACAGGAAUGCAAGCUUAUAAUAGCUUCCGCGAAAACAAGCUCACGCUACUGAACUUUAAUCACUACAUAUAUUAAUAGCGUUCUUAAAAUAUGUCUUAGGUUUCAAUUGGAUUGGUAAAACAAUUUUAUGUAUUUUUUGUUGUUAUUAUGGUUAUUAUAUUUAUGGUAUUUUUUAUCAAAUAUUAACUGUUAUUAUUUUGUUUAUAUUAACUAUUAAUAAAGUCAAUAUUAUUUU